AGGUCCGCGUGAGGCUCUGACGGCCCCGCGGAGGCGCAUGGCGGCCUCCGGGGCGCUCGGCACUUUCCGUCUCCCGCCGUUGCCCACGAUUCGAGAAAUCAUUAAGUUGUUCAAACUGCAAGCGGCGAAGCAGCUCUCCCAGAACUUCCUCCUGGACUUGAGGCUGACAGAUAAAAUUGUGAGGAAAGCUGGCAAUCUGACGAAUGCGUAUGUGUACGAAGUAGGCCCCGGGCCAGGGGGAAUCACCAGAUCCAUUCUCAAUGCCGGCGUUGCUGAGCUUCUGGUGGUGGAGAAGGACAGUCGCUUCCUUCCUGGACUGCAGAUGCUUUCUGAUGCAGCACCGGGGAAACUGAGGAUUGUCCAUGGAGAUGUGUUGACAUUUAAGGUCGAAAGGGCUUUUCCAGAAAGUCUUAAACGACAGUGGGAGGAUGAUCCUCCAAAUGUACAUAUUAUUGGAAAUCUGCCUUUUAAUGUGUCAACUCCACUCAUAAUCAAGUGGCUUGAAAAUGUUUCUCAGAGAGAGGGGCCUUUUGCUUACGGCAGAACCCAGAUGACGUUGACUUUCCAAAAGGAAGUGGCGGAGAGACUUGCAGCCAAUACGGGGAGCAAGCAGCGCAGUCGCCUGUCUGUGAUGGCCCAGUACCUCUGCCACGUUCAGCACGUCUUCACAAUUCCAGGCCGGGCGUUUGUUCCCAAACCGGAAGCAGAAGAUCGUGCCAGAGAUCAACAGCAGCAAGGCCGCGAUGAAUCCGAUGUAGACGGCUCCUCCAGGCUCGUGCUUAUUGCUCUCUGGAACUGUCAGAUCCAGAAAGUUGGCGACUAUCUCCUUUGUGUACCACACUGUGGGUAUUAAACCGGAGAUCCCCGCAGACAUGAGGCAGAGGCCUCCAGCAAGGGAAGCGUGGCUCUUGCUUUCUCUGUCCCCUCCUAAGCGAAUGCAUUGCAUCCCCGCCGUGGAAGUGCAGAUCCCCGAAACAGCCAGGACGCAGGCCAGGAUCAUGGUGGCGCGCGCAGCCUGCACGUGGGUGGGGAGCAUCAGAACGGAGAACUUGAGGGUGCAGCUGAACAUGCCGGUGCUGUAGCACGUGCAGUCCAUCCACAGCCCUUGGAGCUGGACGAUGGCCAUGAUGACGUUGGAGCCCGUGUCCAUCGUCACCAUCCAGUUGGGCAGCAGGGUGGCAGCCAGCACUCCAGAGACCCCACAGAAGGCCAGGACGAAAGCAAGGAGCUGGAGACACAUUGAGGCCAUGACGUUAGCGUCAGCUGUCCACCUAGAAAAUCCUGGUGCUUAAUUAUGAUGGCUCUCGGUCAAAUUGAAGAUUCUGUGCAGCGGAGGAGCAAGUGCAAAGGCUGGGGAAAGAAGGCAAAUCGAGGUUGAGGGAGAGAAAGAGCGAAGAGAAAGGCUCUGUGUGCAGUGGAGCCGAGUGCCCGGGCCCCGCAGUGGACGUGGAGGCGGCUGCUUGGGAAAGGCUCCCCGGGCCUUCAGAGGCUCCACCUCCUGGGUGACCCGGUGGCUGUGCUGGGUGUAUGGCGGGAAGCAAAGAGCUGUCCACUUGGUUCUUUUUAAAACUUCAGCUGUGCUGCCCUAACC